ACGCAUGGACUUAAUCGCACUGUCAUUGGACUAGGAUUUGGCUACCUCAUUACAUCAUCUAUGAGCGUCUGCGCCGCGCUAUGAUGACGACGCAGUUGGACGUAAACAUGGAGGAGAGAGAGGCACUGAAAAGGCAAAUCGAAUUGUUACAAAAUCUCAUCAACAACCACAAAAGUGUGCAUGGUGAUGCCCCCUCCAGUGCUGGUCCGCGUCAGCAGGAACGAGCAACGUCAGCCAGAGGGCAUGCUCAGAGCUCAUAUGUCACUCCUACACACACACCCAGUGGAGUGCUUAACUUGCCUGUACCUGCUGGGCAGUGGAGGAAGACAUACUCGAUCAGUAACAAGAGAAACGAAGCCUCGCAGAAUAGACCCACACAGACCCCCGUCUCCAUGUCCUCCUCUGGCUCCUUGUCUAGGUCCCUGCAGGCGACCCGUGCAGGUCGAAGCGGCUCCCCGCCCAGCCAUGGCCUCCGGGCAGACCUUGUCAACAGAGAGAGUGGCGGAGCCGGGGGUCUCACUGGAGGAUCGUGUGCCCAGGGGAGAACACUCACAUCGGCCACUGAGGUUUUGUCCUUCAGACAGAGGGCCGGGGCCGGAGAUGAGGCUGAGGCUGGUACGAAGACGCCGGCGUUUGCGAGGACCGGCGUGCCACUGGACGACUCCCAGAAACAGCUGAAGCAGAAUGUUCAGUCACGGCAUGAAGCUUCCAAGUUCACCUGGGUGAAGAGCCAGGAGGCAGGGGGAUCUGGGCCCCAAGAGGCUCGAGCCGAACCCCUGCUCCCAGAAGCAGUCACCAGCCCCCCCCCUGCCCCGGACUCCAAUGCUGGGGCCUGUGGUGGUCCCUCGCCCUCCCUUAGCAUCACCAAGAAACCCCCCACCAAGAAGGUUCCGCGUCGGCUCAGUCUCUCCGCAGCCUCCCCCAAGACCUCCAAGUACACCUGGGUGUCCUCCUCCGCGGGGGGCCAAUCGAAGAUCUCCAGGAAGCCCCUGUCGCCCAGAGCCCUAGCUCUGCUCCACAGAGCUCCGGAGAGGGGAGAGGCAGCCAGGAGAGCCAGGGCAGCACAGCCCCUCACUGGGAAACAGAGGAAGGGAACGGGGGCCUGUAGUAGCCGCUACUGCUGGAAGGCAGGGGCCCAGGGGGGUACCGUCGCAGGGACAGGGCGAAUGGUUCCCCACAGAGGGUCUGUGUUCUGCUGGAGCUCGGAGAACGAGCCCAAAGGGUCAAUGGGACGUGCUCGUGUGGAACCCUCAUCCUCGCUGGCCUCAUCCCACUCCCCUGGUGGCUUUAAGCUCAGGAGCAGGAUGAAAAUUAUCCGGAAAUCUCCCAGCGGUGGCGGCAGUCCGGAGAGGCGUGCCAGUCCAGCCGGGAUGACCGUGAGGAGCCGGUACUCCCUCCACCGUCGGACGACACACACCCUGGUCAGAACGCACCCCCCGGGGAGGAGCCCAGGGGCCCUGAAGAGGAGCCCGUCCCGGGAGCUGGUGUCUUUCGGCAGGCACAAGUUGCGUCGCCUCUCCCCCGGCUCCUCCAGGACAGUGACAAACCUUGUUUUUGUGUGUGUGCGCGCGUGUGUUCCGUGUCUCCAGUGCAAGAAGAAACACACCCUGGUGUGUCCGGACUUCUCGGCCUCCGGCUCGUGUCCCCGCGGCUCCUCCUGUAAGCUCCGGCAUCGCCAGCGGGCCGGACGCGGCGCCCUGCCCGGCGCGGCCGGGGACAACCCCGCCAGGAGAGCCCGCGUCAGGGACACGCCUCACAGGCCCAGCCUCUCCAUCCUCAUCCCCCCGGGACCAGGCGCCCAGGCAGACCCAGGGCCAGCCCCCCCUGCGGGUCCUCACGCGCUCCCCUCCUUCAUCUCCCUGUCCAGCACCCCCGAAGAGGCCGACGCCCCCGCCACGCCCCCCGCCGGGGGCGCCGGGGCGACGGAGAGGAAGCUGCAGAUCAAGCCUCGCCUGUAGGAGCACUCUCUUCCCGGAUCUUCUAGUGGGUUCCGAAGGAGAUCAGGACGAAGAGCGGGAGAGAUCGUCUCGAUGCCUGGUGGAUGGUCUCUCCCUCUCUGUCGGUCUCUCCCUCUUCCGGCUUUCUCAGAUAUCACUCUUUCUCUCUUUCUCUCGCUCUCUCUUUCUCUAUUUCUCUCGCUCUCUCUUUUUCUCCGGCUUUGCAAAUUGCUUCAGGUCUGUCCCUUCAACUUUGUUUUAUAAUGAUGUUUACAGGACCAGCAAGUCAGCUUUUUAUAGGAUUCGAAUGCCGUUUGUUUUGUAAAUUCAAGGUUAAUAAAUGUUUUUAAUUAGUUGUUCA